AUGAUUUCCUGCAGGGACUGCCGGCCCAGCAGAUGUGUGACCUUCAGCGGAGACGGGACCCUCUUUGGUUGGUGUAACGGACAAAAUGUCUCCAUCGUGAACCCCUCAGAUGGCGCUGUGGUGUCGACCUUUGACCUCCCGAAGACAGCCCUGCUGGAGUUUUCUCCACUCAACAACAUCCUGGUUACCUGGCAACUGUACACGAAGACUCAGGACAGUCCUCAGGGGGAAGCCAACCUCCAGCUGUGGGAGCUGCGCAGCGGACGACUCAUCAAAGCCCUCUAUCAGAAGAAGGUGGAGUCGUGGUGUCCCAGCUGGUCUGAAGACGAGAAGAUCUGCGUGAGGAUCGUCAACAACGAGCUGCACUUCUACGAGGACAACGACUUUGACUCCAUCGCCAACAAGCUCCACAUGCAGAAGGUGUCCGACUUCGCGCUGUCGCCUGGAGGUCAGCCCAGCAAGGUCGCCGUCUACGUCCCGGGCAGCAAAGGAGCUCCUUCGUUCGUCCGCCUGUAUCAGUACCCGGCGUUUGGAGGGCCGACUGCUGCGCUCGCCAACAAGAGCUUCUUCAAGGCUGACCGAGUGACGAUGCAGUGGAACAGGAAAGCCUCGGCCGUGCUGGUGACGGCGAGCACUGAAGUGGAUAAAACUGGCGCGUCGUACUAUGGAGAGCAGACGCUGCAUUACCUCGGCGUUAACGGAGAGACGGCGCUGGUCCAGCUGUCGAAGAACGGCCCAAUCUACGACGUGGCGUGGAGUCCAAGCUCCGCCGAGUUCUGCGUGGUGUAUGGCUUCAUGCCGGCCAAAGCCACCGUCUUCAACCUCAAAUGUGACGCCGUCUACGACUUUGGGACCGGGCCGCGAAACUCAGCGUACUACAGCCCUCAGGGCCACAUCCUGAUCCUGGCCGGCUUCGGUAACCUGCGAGGUCAGAUGGAGGUCUGGGAUGUGAAGAACUACAAACAGGUGUCCAAACCUCAGGCGCCGGACGCCACUCAUUUCUCCUGGUGUCCCGAUGGCGAGCAUAUCGUCACGGCGACCUGCUCUCCUCGGCUGCGGGUCAGUAACGGUUAUAAGAUCUGGCACUACGCCGGCGCCGUGCUUCAGCAAUGGGACGUGGCGGCCGGCUCGGAGCUGUGGGAGGUGCGCUGGCAGUCGCUCCCCGACGGCAGCUUCCCCGAGCGACCAAUCAAGUACCAGGCGGCGCCCAGCCAGCUGGGGUCCACACAGGCCCCGCCCACACAGGCGUACCGGCCUCCUGCACUGAGACACCUGCCCGCCACGCCCAGCUCCAAACUGCACGAGGACGAGCCGCCUCAGGACCUUCGUCCCGGAGCGUCGGGAGAGAAGAGUCUCUCUAAGUCUGCUCUGAAGAACCAGAGGAAGCGAGAAGCGAAGAAGGCGGCGAAGCAGGAGACGAAACCAGAACCAGAACCUCCCACUGACCCCGCCGCUGUCACUAACAGCCAAUCAGAGGCAAGCAUCGGUGACCCAGAGGUGGAAAAGAAGAUCAAGAACUUGAAGAAGAAACUGAAGGCCAUCGAGGAGCUGAAGGAGCAGCAGGCGUCGGGGAAGGUCCUGCAGAAGAACCAGGUGGAGAAGAUCCAGAAGGAGGAGCAGCUGCUGAAGGAGCUGCAGGAGCUGCAGAUCGGACAGUAGGAGGUCCCUGGGAGCUACAGACCACGCCUCCCACCCUGCAGAACACAGAGGGACGUCUGUGAAUGAGUUUUUAGUUGAGGGGCGGGGCUUAUCUGACAGGUGUGGCAUGCCUGCAGAGGGUUAAACCGAGUGGAUGUUUGUUCCUUAUGUUCACGCCCUGCCUGUGGCUGCGAGCGGCGAGCGCUGUCUCAGCUGGAGGUUGUCCAGUAAUAAACUUUGUAACAGAUCAUGA